AUCUUUUGCAACGUUGCGUGUUACAGCCACAGUUUAAAUUAAUUUCGGCUCUUGCGUAGAUUUUAAGCCAUAUUACAUAUAAUAUCUAUGUAAAUUAAUACACAGUGUUUAAAUAGAACGCUACAAUAAUUGUAGGCACUGUUGCGGUUUAAAUUUCUGUGCUGCACCUAACGCACAGCUACAAAAUUACCGACCAACCGAGAGACAAAGCUACGCUACGGUCGUAACUGGCAAAGUGCACUGUGAACGGCCAAUGCAGAAUUGUCAUACGCGAGUUUUUUUUUCGCGUUCAGUUUAGGUUUUAGUUACCUGCGCGCAACAACCCCGUCGCCUUAGCCGUUGUGCUUGCGUCCUGCGUUUCCAAAUCGAAACUCGACAAAUAUUCCAAACGCUGCGACCAAAUGUAUGCACUGCAUGUUCACCAAUUCGGCUGCGUCUUGUAAUUUGCUAUCAAAUUGUGUAAAUACAUAAGCGAAAGCAGUCGCAGCAGCAACGCUUAUACCCCGCGCGUAUUGCUCUUGUGAGGCGCGCGUCUUUAUUUUAACGUUUUUUUUUUUUUUUUUUUUUUUUGUGUUUUUGUUGGCUGUGCGAACCAGCCAACGGGCAGCAUUUAAGUUGCCCCCUCGGCUUGGCCGCUUCAAUAAUUUCGAGUGGCGAACGGUAGCAUAAUUAUCGGCACGCUGGAGAAACAAAAUAAACGCUCCCAGCUCAUACGCGACAAAAUGGUGUUGGCCGAGCGCAACACCGGCGACAUUGUGCGCAAUGGCCGUCGCUCACGUGGACCCAGCCCCAAUACACAUACAAGCGGCGCUGGCAGCGGUGCUGCUGGCCAUGGCCACAAUUCUGCCACCGGCAUGGCCGGCGGCGGCGGAGCUGGCGGUGGCGGUGGCGGCGGCGGCGGAUCCGGUGGCACAAACUCGACGGGCAAUGAGAAGGCCACAGCUAACGUACCGGGUGCCGGCACACCGGAGAGCUCCGACGAUGAUAACUCGACAAAACGCAACGGCAAAUCCAAGGCAAAGCAGUCGGAAUACGAAGAGAAAAUACGCGUUGGACGCGACUAUCAGGCGGUGUGUCCACAGCUGGUGCCCGAACUGGAUCGCCGUCCGGAGCUGAUGAACGAGCGCGCCUUGUUGGUCUGGUCGCCCACCAAGGAGAUACCCGACAUGAAGCUGGAGGAAUACAUUUCGGUGGCAAAGGAGAAAUAUGGCUACAAUGGUGAACAGGCAUUGGGCAUGCUGUUCUGGCAUAAACACGAUCUGGAGCGUGCGGUCAUGGAUUUGGCCAACUUCACACCGUUCCCGGAUGAGUGGACCAUCGAGGACAAGGUGCUAUUCGAUCAGGCAUUUCAGUUUCAUGGCAAAAGCUUUCAUCGCAUACGCCAAAUGCUGCCAGACAAAUCUAUAGCCAGUCUGGUCAAAUAUUAUUAUUCGUGGAAGAAGACGCGUCAUCGCAGCAGCGCCAUGGAUCGCCAGGAGAAAAUGAUAAAGACGGCCGUCAAGGAUGGCUCCGAGAACGGCAGCGAGGUGGGCAGCAAUGAGGAAUCCGAUAACGAUGACAAGAGGGCGAACAACAACAAUUCCACGAUGAACAACAACAAUAGCGGCACUCACAGCAAUGCUGGAACGCCUGGAAGCAACGGCAACGGCAACGGUAACGGCAAUGCCAAUAGCAACAGCAACAACAGCAACAGCAAUGCAACUGGCGACAGCAACAACGGCAGCGGCGGCGUUAGCGCAGGCAGCGGCAGCGGCAUCGGCAGCAGCAGCAAUAGCAACAGUAACAGCAACAGUAACAGUAACAGUAACAGCAACAGUAACAGCAACAGCAACAGUAACAGCAACAACAACGAUCUGGAUGCCGAUCAGCUGUGCAUUUAUACAAAUGCAUUGGGCGAUGAUAUGCUCGGCUUUGGGCUGCCCGGCUUUGGCCUGUCUAUCGAUAACGGCGGCGGCGAUAUUGAUAACGAUAACAACAAUCCAAGCGGCAACAUCGGCAACACUGGCAGCAACAGCAAUGCACGGCGCGUCGUUGUGGGCGGUUUUUGCAAAAAUUGCAACGUUGUCUGCUACAUUUUAUUCGAUUCGCCAUUGGGGCGCAUGUGUAAAAGUUGUCACACGCACUGGAGACGCACGGGCAAUCGUCGUCCCAUCUCCGGCCCGGACAGCAUUGCACCCACAAAACGUUCCACACACAACAGCGCCGCAGCGGCGGAUCGUUCCAAGCGUAAACCGCCACGCGGCAUGUACAUCAAUCAUGAUGAUCUCACCGCCUUGGCCGGCUGCAAGAAUCCGUGCGAAUAUUUAGCCGAAGGCGAUCGUAAAAUUGCCGCCCUCAUGGCAGAAAUCCAAAAGAAUAGGCAAAUGAUGGAGCAGCUGGAGAAGGAUUGCAGCGAUGGCAACGUGGACGUGGAUAGCGGCUCGACCGGAGCCCAAAAGACGACGCCCAGCAGCACGGAGACAGCCGCCGCUGCCCAGCCCCGCAUCUCGGCACGCUGGACGUCCGAUGAGAUUGAAGUGGCACUGCUCGCCUUGCGCGACUAUGGCAAAAACUUUCCGAUGAUUGCCAAAGUCGUGGGCACCAAGACGGAGGCGCAUGUGCGCACCUUCUAUGUGAGCAAUCGUCGACGCUACAAUCUAGAUCAGAUUGUCAAGGAGUACGAGGCCAAGUCUGAGGACUCCAACAUCGAGGAACAGUGCGAUGCUGCUCCAGCAGCUGGCGCUGCGGCUACAACGGCCACCGCCGCAACAGCCGCCGCUGGCAAUUUGAUGGAGGGCAGCAAAUCGGAGACAAGUGACGCUACCAGCCAGGAGCUGGCCAAGAAGGAGGAGCCAAUGGCCAAUGCCAACAGCACCGCCAGCAGUAACAGCAACAACAACACUACAAAAAAGAAGCCUGAACUGAUGAAUGCAGCAAUCGCUGCACUCAAGAGCAGCGAGUGCGCCAGCUCAACAGCCGUCGCUCCGCUGGCGGCUGCACUUGCUGCAGCAACCGCCUCGGGCACGGCAAGUGUCAAUAAGGCGGCGACAUUGGCGAUCGGUGCGCCAACCAUAACCAUUGUGGAUGAAUCGGACACGGCGACCAGCUCCAGCAGCGAUUUGGCCAACAGCAACAACAAUAUGGCGCCAGCCGCUGGCAGCAACUCGGUCUCGUCGCUGUCGGGCAUCAGCAGCAGCAACAGCAGCAGCAGCAGCAGCGCAGCACCCGCCAAAUCAUCGACCAACAACAAUCACAACGAUGCUGACAGCGAGGAGUCGCUGUCGCUCAAAUCAUCAGCUCACGUUCCAGUUAAACGUGACAAUUCCGAUUUGAACACUGGCGAAUUGCCGCCCGCCAAAAAAAUGGCACUCGCCGUUGGCGCCGAAUUCCUUGCUAAGUGAGAGCCGCGCCCCGCAACUCGCCCAGUGGACGCAACUGGUCUGGUCACAGGCGAUAUACGAUGCAUGAUUAUAUAUAUAUAUAUAUAUAUAUAUAUAUAUAUAUAUAUGUAUACAACCGAUGUGUAUAUCGUUAGCUGUUUAGCCCAAAGGUUGUGGAGUGUGUUUUCAAUUUCAUAUGUGUAGCUCGACUUAGCUCUACACCCAACGCUACUCUUAACUUUUAUUUAAAACAUCAGACACGGAGUCUUAUCUGAUGACACACAUACACACACACACACACACACACACAUACACACACACACACACGCGUACAUUUAUAGUUUGGUUAAUUAGCGGAUUAUUAUUAUUAUUAUUAUUAUUGUAUCUUGCACUCAUGCUACCUACCUUUCGCCGAUUUAAUACGUUUUGUACCAAUUUUUUGUUUAAACCUUUCGUGUCGUGGGGCGCAUUUAAACAUGAUAAAUGGAUAUAUAUAUAUAUAUAUAUAUAUAUUGAAUUAGUUGAUAGAUCAUUUAUUAUAAUAGAGCAGAGCACGAUCAGAAUCACACGCGAUAUAUGAUCAGGAACUAAUUUUUCUAUAACUAAGUUUACUUACAUUUUUUUUUUUUUUUUAUAUAUAUAUAUAUAUUUUUAUUUUGUAUAUAUGUUUGUAAUUUGUCGUGAGUCGUUUCGAUGAAUUUUGGGCCGAUUUACCGAUAGAUUUUCGAUAGGUUUUUACUUUUUUUUUUGUAUAGCUGGAAUGACUUAAUUUUACACACGCAACGGACACACACACACACUCACUCACGGAUGAUUAGCUAGAUAACUGCGCGCCCGCUCACACACACACACACCUUUACACACACACACACACACAGCAGGACGACAACAAAAAAAACAAGAAGCAAAUAGACGGAUGCGAAUGCCAGCAGCAGUAGACAAAAAGUUACUACUACAAUUUAUGUAUUUAAUAAUUAUAAUAUUAAUAUUAAUAUAAAAAAAAAAAAAAAAACGAAAAAGAGAAAACAAAAAAAAGCGUGAAUAUUGUAUAAUUAUAAAGCGUAAACCUAAAAGUGUAAACCAA